GACGAUUGGUUCAUUAAAACUAAUGAGAUGGCAACUGACGAGAAAUAACAACCUUUUGAUAUUUUCUUGUGCACCAAAAAUAUCGCUAUAGAAACAAAGGUGUUCAAUAAUUUCAAAUAAUAUAACCGAGAUGUUUUGUUACUGAAUUGCUCUGGCUCUUGUUUAAAGUAAAUCAAGAGAAUUAUAAUUCGAGAAAGGAAGAAGGCGAAAUUAGGUCUAACCAAGAAGGCCGAGCUCGAUUUGGCGGGAACCAACGGAUCAAUUCAGCGGGAACCAACGUGCAGGAUCUUCGUCGGUCAAAGAUAAAGCAAAACCAGUCCUGUCUUCAAUUCUCGGUCCGCCCUAACGCUCCACUCCCCGCCGCGCUCUCUCUCUCUCUCUCUCAAUCUCUCUUCUCGUCGGCGCAGUCGUCUCCGCCCCCGUACCAAUCUCUCUCUCUCUCUCUCCAGCUAUGAACUCCGACGAGCCUCGUGUUGCUCAUCCCGCUCCCGAUUCCGAACCCCUAAAAAAACCAUUCGGAUCGGCCCACAACCCGGCGCCGGCAAAUCUCCCGACCACCCAAACCCCCGAUAAGCAACCCGCCUCGCUCUCUCGCCGCACCCGAAUCCUCGACGCCGGUAACCUCCAUCGCCGCUCUACAUACGCUGCCACGGGAGACUCCAACACCAAAUCCGCCAGAAGACACCUCUCCUCGUCUUGGGAUGAAGAUACGGACGCUGCCGAGAUAUCAACUCCGAUCCCCCAAAUUAGGCAAGAGGCUCUCCUGGAAUGUUUCACCAGCUUGGUCACUUCAAUCCGGUUGUUGGGCUUGAAGGGCUCGCAGUCUUCUUUCACAAACAUCUCCCCCAAGGUUGAAUCCUUGACGAAAGAGGAGUUCUCAUAUCGGAAUUUGGCACAGUUGAAGUACAUUUUCCCUGAGGCAAUUGAGAUAACUAAAGCUCUCAUGUUCGAUGAACGAACCGGCUCUAUGAUCCCUGAACUUCGUGUCUCUCUGAAUCUUGAUUCUGUUGCAUCGGAACUGAACUUGGAGGAGAGCAGCCCUUACAUGGCAUUGGGGGGAGCUUUUCGGAAUCGGCUGGCGGAUUUCUGUAGAGAUCACCCUGAGGAUGUUGAAGUUCCAGAAGCAAUGCUUCCACAUCCAUUCAAUCAGUUGAAACAAGUCAAUGAGAUGGUUGUGGAGACGGCUAAGGAGCCAUUGGUAGAUACUGCAGCUAUUCCACUUGAUGAAUUGAAACCAGUGGCGGCCGCAUCCCAUUUCCCGCCUGAUUUCCGUAGGUGCUUAUCCAGGAGAGCUGUUAAAGUUGAAGCAGGAAGCCAUGGCAAUGACAGCUCUCUAGAGCCAAUCACCAGCAUAGAAAUUGGAUGUUCCGCGUUGGUGUUGCCUUCUCCUAUUGAGGGGGAUGCUAGUGUGGCUGAGCACCUGUCUGAGCCUUGCUGCUUGCCUCCAACUCCAAGCAAGGUAACAGUUAAAGGAGACCAACCAAUGGCAACUCCGGCGAAAAACAUUGAAUCAGCAGCUGGUCCAUCUGAGUCCAUCAUUUGCACAACCACACCUGCGGCAUCAUGUCCACCAAGGAGAUGCUAUAUGACCCCUGGUGAUGACGAAGGUGACAACGAUGAUGUUAUAUACUCCUCAGCAAACAAACUGACAAGGCCUCAUCCAGUACGAACUCGAUCGCUGAAGUUUGACACUAAUCCCGAUGAUGUGUCUGCUGACAAGAACAAUGUUGCUGUCCCGAAGAGUCCUGCAACGAUGGUCAGAGAGAAUGAUAAUGAGGAAGAAGGAGCAGAGAGGCCGUGCCAGCAAGAGAUGAUGGCGAGCUUACCCAGGGUCUUUAACACGGUCCAAUCCUUGUUUCAGUUUGGAAGGGGAUCCGUUAUGACAAAGGAGGAGGUCAUCCACAAGAUCAUUGCACAGCACUUGGAUGUUGUCGACAAAGGUGAGGUGGAAGAGCAGCUUAAGCUAUUGGCUGAACUACUUCCAGAAUGGAUUUCUGAGAAAACGGCUUUCAGUGGCGAUACGGUCUUCUACAUCAAUAAAACCGCGAGCGCCGAAGCCAUGAGAGCACGUAUUGAAGGAGUGCUGCUGCAGCAGCAGGAUGCUUAUUAAGGGAAUAAAUAUGUAGCUAGCUAACUAGAUAGUCUGUCCUUUUGACGCCUGAGCUCAGUUCUAUUAAGUCUGUCUCUGUUCUGUUUCAUAUUGACGACUGCUUUGGCUCAUCAGGCCAACAAUCGAGUGAGCUUCAAUGAAACAACAUGUCCCAUGGACAAAAUGUAACAGGAUACUCAUACCCGUCAGGCAUCAAUAACCAACAUUCACCACAUUAUGCCCUCUAUAUCACCCAAAUUGUUAUAUUCGCGCAAGUAAAAUCAUUUCUCCAUAUGCUUGCCUAACGACAUUGUUAAUACACAGUAUCAAAAAUUUGU